CAUACAUCAUAUACCACCACCACUCAACUCUACUAUUACAAAAAAUAAAGGAAUCUUUCUAGAAGCUGACUACCCCGCAACACAGCAUUGAAGCACAUUAUUGAUAUCCAAUGUCCACAUAUAGAUACCUUGUAUAAUAAUAUAGCACCAUGCAGCACCGUUAUAUCGUACCACUGCCUACCACAAACGCUUCUUCCUAGCCCAAUCUCACUCACGCACUCACUCACACUCCAACCCUUACCCACCAACUUCCACCAUAAGAUCCCCAAACCCAAACCCAAACCCAAACACGUCCAAACAAUCCAGCCAUGCCCUCCGGCCACGUCCAAGCCGCCGUCGGCGGCACCGUAGUCGCCGAGUCCGACACCUACGAGCUGGUCGAGGGCAACGUGUACUUCCCGCCCUCGUCCCUCAAGCCCGAGUUCUUCAGCAAGACAGACCUGCACACGCACUGCGGCUGGAAGGGCGACGCGGACUACUACACGGUUAAAGUCGGGGACACGGAGCUCGCGAAUGCCGCGUGGUACUAUCCCGCGCCGUUCGACAAGGCCAAGCAUAUUAAAGACUACGUCGCUUUCUAUAAAACCAAAGUGGAUGUAACAGCUGUAUAAAUAAAUACUGGAAGUUCUCGCAUCAUCUUAACUCUGGUUGCGGAAGGUGAAAUAAAAGUGCCAGUAGGACUUAGUAGAAACAAUAGAUAGGAGAGUACCUAGCUUUAUCCAACUAAUAACCAUGCCCACGUAUAUAACCCAUUAUCUAGUAACUCUACGUAUAAUCAUAUCGACUUGACAUUGACAUAACUAUAAAUAACCCAUCACUU